AUGUUAGAGUACUUGGAAUUUCCUCAACAUUUUGUGGAUCUGGUAAUGCAGUGUGUUUCUACACCUAUGUUCUCUCUGAUGUUCAAUGGUUCCAUGCAUGGCUUCUUUAAAUCCAAGAGGGGGUUGAGGCAAGGUGACCCUAUUUCCCCACUCUUAUUUGUCAUAUGCAUGGAGUAUCUGUCCAGAAUAUUGCAUAAAAUGUGUGAUAUGUCUCUUUUUAGUUUUCAUCCAAGGUGUAGAGAGAUUAAGCUUACUCAUCUGUGCUUUGCUGAUGACUUAAUUCUCUGUUGCAAGGGUGAUUACCCAUCUAUCUUAUUACUGCUUCAAGCUUUUAAUCUUUUUUCUGACUCUUCUGGCCUCAGAGCUAAUCAACAAAAGUCUUCCAUCUACUGUCAUGGUAUGUUAGAAAGAGAUGUUCAGAGAGUAGUAGAUGUGUCUGGUUUUACCAGAAGUUUCCUUCCUUUUAAGUAUUUGGGUGUUCCAAUAUGCUCUCAAAAGAUUUCAGUUGCUCAAUGUAGUCAACUUGUGGAUAAAAUCAUAGCUACAAUAAAGGUAUGGAGCUCCAAAACUCUUUCUUAUUCUGCAAGAAUGCAGUUGAUCAAUUCUGUACUGUUGAGUCUUCAUAUUUACUGGGCUCAAAUUUAUGUGCUGCCAAAGAGUGUGUUGCAAGAUAUUGUGAAGAUAUGUAGGGCUUUCUUGUGGAGUGGGCAAGCUUACAGUCAGAAACCUAGUAAUAUUGCCUGGGAGAAUACUUGUUGUGGGAAGCAAUUUGGUGGUCUGGGUUUCAGGGAUAUCAUCCUGUGGAAUACUGCAGCAAUGGGUAAGUAUGAUGGGGAUUGGUGGGAGUAUAAACCUCCAGUUUCCACAAGUUGGUAUUGGAAGCAAAUCUGUAAGACAAAAGAGCAGUUGAAGCAAUUCUUCACUAAAACAGAUUUAGGAGCAAUGACUACUUAUUUUGUGAAGCAGGUUUAUGAGAAAAUAGCUGGAACAAAACCUAGAGUGCAUUGGGAUAAAGUGGUGUGGAAUAUAUUAAACAACCCCAAGCACAUAGUUAUUGGUUGGUUAGCCAUGCAGUCAAGGCUUCAAACCACCUCAAAGCUGGCCAGAAUUGGUGUUAGCCAAACAGCUCAUUGCUUGAUUUGUAGUCAAGGAGAUGAAACUCAUCAGCAUCUGUUUUUUCAAUAUGUUUACAGUGGUGAGUGUCUCAGAGCAGUUAAAACUUGGUUGGGUGUGUCAGCUACUAGUAACAGUCUAACUAAUCUGGUUAGUCAAGUUGGGCAUAGUAGAUGUUCUAAAUUCAAGAAGCAUGUCUGUUAUGCAGCAAUUGUGGCAGCAGUGUACCUGAUUUGGCACUGUAGGAAUACCAGUUACUGGGAGAGUUGUGUUCCUACUGUGACUCACACUGUGAGCAAGUUGAAACUAGUGAGAGGUAGAAUCCAAACUGUCAUGCCUAAAAGUAUUAGUAGAAGAGAUAGUGAGUGGUUUAUGAAAUUGUAA